AUGGCUCCCCUCACCGAUAAAAAGAUCGUUCUGGUAACAGGCGCCAAUCAAGGCCUCGGUUUCGAAAUUAUUCAUGUCGCAGCACUACGCGAACCCUCUGCAGUAUAUAUUCUCGCAUGUCGAAAUGUGGACGCAGGCAACGAAGCAAUUAAGAAAUUGAGCGAGAAGGGUGUUAAAGCUGAGGUGGAGCUGUUGAGACUGGACGUCACGAGCAAUGAUGAUAUUGUUGCAGCUGUGAAAGCCAUUACUGAGAAGUAUGGACGGUUGGAUGUCCUCAUACACAAUGCCGGAAUCAGUAAUAUGCUGCCAGCGCCGUCUGAUAAUACAGGAGACCUUGGAGCGAUUCCCAACACAAUUGCAAACGUUUUCACCGGACCACUCGCAGCGCAGGCUUAUAACGCAUCUCAAAUCAAAGAACUCACUACAGAAGACCUCGCGGCAAUGCGCCACACAUAUACAGACGUUUUAAACACAAACCUAACAUCUGUCGGCCUCAUCUCCGCCGCUUUUUUGCCCCUCCUCCGCUCGCCCCUAGUUAAACAUCCAAAGGUUAUUAGUGUCACUAGUGGCCUAUCUUCCAUGACCAACCAGCUACGGAGGAAGACGCUUCGAGGUUUAAUCUACGGAGCAAGUAAGACAGGGCUGAAUGGAUUGUCGGUCACCUUGCAGGCUGGGGAGAAUGACCGUGUCGAGAAAGAGGGCUCUGAAAGUGCGAGGAUCAGAUAUUUUGUCGUGCAGCCAGGGCUUUUGAAAACUGCUUUUACCGGUUUUAUGGAGGGUAUCAGAGAGCCGGAAGAGGGUGCUGAGGUUGUGGUUAGGCUAUGCAUAUUCCAGAUCAAGCAAUGGAAAUGGCGUGACGCCACUACACACACCCUCGCAGUUGGAACUGGUCCGAGACUUCAGACCGGCUUGCUAGAGAGCGACGAGCGGGAAUACCCCUACGUUCCCUGUUACCCCCUUUGGGCGUGGCAGGCAUGA